ACCCCAAGGCCCCUUCUGCGGCAACUCCAUCCGCGAGAUGGACGAGGAGUGCGACUGCGGCUACGAGCGACAGGACUGCGGUGCCGACGUGUGCUGCUACGCGCGCAAGCACGGAGAAAUCAACCGAAAGUCGUGCACGCUCAAGCCCGGUGCCGUGUGCAGUCCAAGUAACGGAGCCUGCUGCAGCAGCGACUGCCGCUUCCACAAUACGUCGACGGCAUGCAGGCCUGAAGACGAUUGCACCUUCGAGGCCUACUGCACCGGCACAAGUGGAGAGUGCCCUCCUUCUGAUUGGAAGCCCGACGGCACGCUGUGCAAUCACGCAACUCAACUGUGCGACGCCGGCGAGUGCAGCCAGUCGGUCUGCCGCCUGUACAACCUGGUCGACUGCUACCUGACGGGGUCGUACCUGAGCAUGGAGGACAUGUGCCUCAUCGCCUGUAGGGAGGAUGUGCCGGGAAGCGAAUGCAAGGAGGCAUGCAGCUUCGAGCGC